UGUAUAAUAUUAUUGCAAAGUAAUUAGUUUCUCUACUGUGUAUCUUUAAAAAAAAUACGUUUUUAAAACAAGUAGUUAUUAGUAUUCACUAAUAAGCUGUUAAAAGCGACACGAUUCAGCUUUGUGUGGAUGUUUAUUAACCCGACACUGGAUUUAUACACGUUUACGCGUCAGAUCUGUAACCGACGGAGGAAAAAAUAAAUAAAUAGACUUAUUAACUCUCUGCUAUCAUUAUUUUUAUUUGCAUACUGAAUAAUCGCUCAUUUCACGGUGAGAAGCUGGCGUUUCGACAGGGUAUCGAGCCGUUGUUCUCUAGCGAACGACGCGAAAACACAACGUAAAGUCUGUGGUUCUUCACAUGUGCCUGCGGUAAAGACUAAAAGUACUUGAAAUGUGAACGAGGAGGUGAAUUUCCGGUUCUUCAUAUUGCAAUAUAAUAUAAUGUAAUACCUCUCUAUUCUUACAUUUUUAUAUAAAAGAGUAAAAUCUAACAAGAGAUGCGCAGUUUGCUAGAAAGAUUGCUAUUCGUAUAUAUUGAACUGAUUAUUCGUAUCGCCUGAAUUUGCGUUCUGCCACCUGUUUUUAUGUAUAAUGCAAUCGUAUCCCGGUGUUUUUAAAUGUUCCUGCUGAGUGUUUGUUCUCGGUUUGUAGGACUGUGAAUAAUUAUAGUGUGAUCUUUCUUUCAGUUGGAAUAUCUGUGUAGUGCUGCUUAACUAAAUAAACGGAGAAAACGAUCAGACUACACGGCCCGCCUGUGUCUGUUUUUGUUCAAGCUGAGGCCUUUUUAUUGCUUUAUAUUUUUGCCAUCAUAUAUGGUCAUAAAUAGGGGUGGAAAACACGUCAGAGGCACAGCAUGUGUAUCAGGAGGAAGUGAGCGCGUGUGUAAUAAACCUCUGAUGAGUGUGUAACCGCUCACAUGGAGUGACACCAGCAACAUAUUCACAAACAAACUCAUACUGGUUGAAGGUCUGAAGAUCUUCAGAUGUUCAGUGCUCAAUAAACACAUGGCGAUGAAGAACUGGACGGCAGGAACUCAGUGCGUCGCCAAAAAGCAGCACUGCAAGCCUAAAGCCGGUGAAAUAGCAUAUCACAAAGGCGACAUCUUGACAGUCGUCGGACCUGGAACGAGGAAUGGAGAAUACAGAGCCCGACAUAAUGCAACAGGAGAGGAAGGAUUGGUCUCGGGUUCGAAACUCCGAGAAAGGGAAGCUCUCCGUAUCGACCCCAAAUUAAGCCUGAUGCCAUGGUUUCACGGCAAAAUAUCGGGACCGCAAGCCGUCGGCAAACUUAAGCCCGUGGAGGACGGGCUUUUCUUGGUGCGGGAGUCGGUUCGGCAUCCCGGCGACUUCGUGCUGUGCCUCUGCUUCAGUCAGAAGGUCUUCCACUACCGAGUCAUCUUCAAAGACAACAAACUGAGCAUCGACAACAAGCAGUUCUUCUACAACCUCAUCGACAUGAUCGAGUUUUACAGCAGAAAUCAAGGCGCCCUCGCUACGCUUCUGCUGAAGCCCAAGAAGAAGGAAGGCACGAAAUCUGCCGAGACGAAGCUGUUGAAAUCCGGCUGGCUUUUGGAUCUGUCCAAACUUACGUUAGGAGAGACCAUCGGAGAGGGAGAGUUCGGUGAUGUUUGUGAAGGUAUGGAGCACCUGGAGUCAAAGAAACUCCUGCACCGAGAUCUCGCCGGACGCAACAUCCUCGUGUCUGAAGACACCGUCGCCAAAGUCAGCGAUUUUGGUCUGGCCAAGUCAUGGAGGUUUUAUUUCUGCGCUUUUCUCAGAGAUGUUUGUGAAGGUAUGGAGCACCUGGAGUCAAAGAAACUCCUGCACCGAGAUCUCGCCGGACGCAACAUCCUCGUGUCUGAAGACACCGUCGCCAAAGUCAGCGAUUUUGGUCUGGCCAAGGUCAGUUCAACGGCAACCGACAACUCAAAGUUACCCGUCAAGUGGACGGCGCCCGAAGCCUUGAAGAACACGAAGUUCUCCGCUCAGUCAGACGUUUGGAGCUACGGAGUCCUGCUGUGGGAGAUCUUCUCAUACGGCAGACAGCCGUAUCCCAAAAUACCGGUGAGCGAGGUGCGGGAGCGCGUGGAUCAGGGUUACCGCAUGGAGCCGCCGGACGAAUGUCCUCCUGACGUCUACAGCAUCAUGACGUCCUGCUGGGAGACGGAGCCCAAGAGGAGACCGUCCUUCCACAAGCUCCGAGAGCGGCUGGAGAAAGAACCUCACCUCACAUGUGUAUAAAGUAGAUUUAAUUUAUUAUUCAUCGCACUGUAUGUGUUUUUGUUGUGGUUUUAUGUUUUUGAGUGAAUCUUGAAAACACGCCUCAAGUCAAAUUAAACUUUCGCAUGAAAGUAAAGCCUGUUUUUAGAAUUUCAUUUUUUUUUUGCAUUGCAUUUUUAUAUUGUAU